CUAUGCAAAGCAGAACAAAAAAAUCUCCAGGACGAAGGACGGAUGAUGAGAAGAAAGUAUCUAGGAAGGUUUGGACACAACAAGAUGGAGUUGCGAGAAAAGUGAGAAAGUAUACACGAGUAGGACCUGAUACUAGAUGUUUAAACUGUUCAACGUACAGUACAACACUAUGGAGAAGAGAUUCAGAAGGAAAUCCACUCUGUAAUCCCUGUGGGCUUCAUAGAAAGUUGCAUGGAGAGGAUCGUCCCAUACACCUGAGAAAAGAAAAAAUACGGCAGAGACAGAAAAAGAGAAAUUUGGAAAAAGAAAGUCCCAUCACCGAUACGGAAAACAGUUUAACUGGACCUUAUUCAGUUAUUAUAUCUAAUCCAACCUACUCUACUAGUACACAGGACUCUACUUCUACCCAUCUAUCAAGCUUCUCUAGUCCUCAGCAGUCCUACCUAAUCAGUCCAACCCCCCUGGACUUCAUAAACCCGACCCAACAGCAGUUCUCCAUCUUAUCCAGUUCGAACCCAACCUUUACAAUACCUGUCUCGACCUAUACUAAUCCUUACGAGCAGUCAAGAACCCACUGGCAUGAAUAUAAUCAAGAUCAGAGUAUGUGUGAGCUAAAACUUUAUUCAGUUCCAGAAACGCACGAUCAUAGUUCUUCGUUUAGUAAGCAAAGAUCGAAUUCAAGCAUGCCCUUGGACUCUGGUUUUAAUUUAGACUAAAAUUAAUAUUUUACUCUCAGAGAAAAAUGUAAAACUCAUGAAAAAUUUUCUAAUCUCUAUAUCUUUGUAACCC